ACAGUGUGGCUUACCUGCCUUAGGAAUCUGUAAAAAAGGCAAUUUCACCAGUUUCUCUCCUUUUAAAACAAAAGAAAACUUCCCAACGUUCACAUGUAGCAAAAAGAGGAAAAAUGCCUGUUUGGUCCCCCCUCCCCACUGCUGCCACCUUGCAGUUUAUGACAUACAGAGAGAGGGAGGUCUGACGAAGUGAACGAGGCAGCCAGAGAGCGAGUCCAUCCCCGUGGAAACCACGCGUCCCUUGGUGCAGGCGGCUCUUCCUACUUUCCUGCGCGAUCUCUUUUGUGUGACUUUGAGAGGGGCUCAUGAAUGAUUUCUAAACGUGUGCCUGGCUGAGGCGAGCCACACAGGGAGGGAGUCACCCGGCUGAGUAGGGGCAGAGGAAGCCAACACGGACCUCGCAGUGCUGGAACUGGCUCGACUCUUAACAUGCAGGUUUUGAAAUCAGCAAAACAGAAAUCAAAUUACUAUCAUAUUAUGCUGGUGGAAGCUCCAGGAGAAGGCACUCUACACCAGCUUCAUUACCCUGAGAGAUGCAGCGGGUCACAGAACAGCAAAUUGUGUUUAACAUGUGGACCCUGAAGACAAAUCCAGGAUCACAUCUUUCUCCCUGAAUGCUCAAAAUUCUACAACCUCUAUGUUGCAAGUUCAUUCUGCUUUUCUGACCUUGCUUUAGAGAAAAAACUAAAACCGAACAGAGGACUACUAAAAUUGUGAAGGAAGAAAACAGAAAGAGCCAUUACACUUCUUUAUGUACUACUAUAAUAAUGGGAGGAAAAAAGCCAACUAAAGGAGCCCAGCCUGUACACCAGCUUCAGUGUGACAGAGUGUGGGGACACAAAGAUGGAUGGUGAGCAGAGCCUAUAACUUGUUAGUUUCUCUAGACUUCAUCUGCUACAAGUGCUGGCUCCGAAAUGGAUAUUCUUUGUGAAGAAAACACUUCUUUGAGCUCAACCACGAACUCCUUAAUGCAAUUAAAUGAUGACACAAGGCUCUACAACAGCAACUUUCACUCCGGAGACACAAACACUUCAGAUGCAUUUAACUGGACAGUGGACUCGGAAAAUCGAACCAACCUUUCCUGUGAGGGCUGUCUGUCCCCACCAUGCCUCUCCUUACUUCAUCUCCAGGAAAAAAACUGGUCUGCUUUGUUGACAACUGUAGUGAUCAUUCUAACCAUUGCUGGAAACAUACUCGUCAUCAUGGCAGUGUCCCUAGAGAAAAAGCUGCAGAACGCCACCAACUAUUUCCUGAUGUCACUUGCCAUAGCUGAUAUGCUGCUGGGUUUCCUUGUCAUGCCCGUGUCCAUGUUAACCAUCCUAUAUGGUUACCGGUGGCCUCUGCCCAGCAAGCUCUGCGCCAUCUGGAUUUACCUGGAUGUGCUCUUCUCCACGGCCUCCAUCAUGCACCUCUGCGCCAUCUCGCUGGACCGCUACGUCGCCAUCCAGAACCCCAUCCAUCACAGCCGCUUCAACUCCAGAACCAGGGCAUUUCUGAAAAUAAUUGCUGUUUGGACCAUAUCAGUAGGUAUAUCCAUGCCAGUACCAGUCUUUGGGCUACAGGAUGAUUCCAAGGUCUUUAAGGAAGGGAGUUGCUUACUUGCUGAUGACAACUUUGUCCUGAUCGGCUCUUUCGUGGCAUUUUUCAUUCCCUUAACCAUCAUGGUGAUCACCUACUUUCUAACUAUCAAGUCUCUCCAGAAAGAAGCUACUUUGUGUGUGAAUGAUCUUGGCACACGGGCCAAAUUAGCUUCUUUCAGCUUCCUCCCUCAGAGUUCCCUGUCUUCAGAAAAGCUCUUCCAGCGGUCGAUCCACAGGGAGCCUGGGUCCUACGGCAGGAGGACUAUGCAGUCCAUCAGCAAUGAGCAAAAAGCUUGCAAGGUGCUGGGCAUCGUCUUCUUUCUGUUUGUGGUGAUGUGGUGCCCCUUCUUCAUCACGAACAUAAUGGCUGUCAUGUGCAAAGAGUCCUGCAACGAGGAAGUCAUCGGAGCCCUGCUCAAUGUGUUUGUUUGGAUUGGUUACCUCUCCUCCGCAGUCAACCCGCUAGUGUACACACUGUUCAAUAAGACCUACAGGUCAGCCUUUUCACGGUAUAUCCAGUGUCAGUACAAGGAAAAUAAAAAACCGUUGCAAUUAAUUUUAGUGAACACUAUACCAACCUUGGCCUACAAGUCUAGUCAGCUCCAAAUGGGACAAAAUAAAAAUUCAAAGAAAGAUGCCAAGAUGACAGAUAAUGACUGCACUAUGGUUGCUCUAGGAAAACAAUGUUCAGAAGAUGCUCCUACAGACAAAAUCAACACAGUGAAUGAAAAGGUUAGCUGUGUGUGAUAGACUAGUUGCCAUGGCAACCGUGGAGGGCACACUGAGCAAGUUUUCACCUAUCUGGGAAAAAAAAGGAAAUAGGGAGACUGGAAAAAAUUAGGCUCAUCUAGUGGAACCAACAAUAAUAUUUAUAUGCAUCAUUUUAUUCCAUCAAUGAAAAGCAGGGUUAAAUGCCACAAAAUGUGCACUUCAAAAAUGUUCUGACAGCAUUUAAGCUGUGAGCUUUAUGAUACUUAUUUUUAACAUUGUAAAUGAUAUAUGUCUUUAAAAUAAUUAGCUUUUAUUGUAUAAUUACAAUGAGGCCAUAAAUAGAUCUAAAUUAGCUUCUAUUUUCAAGUGGAAACCUUGCUGCUAUGUUGCUAAUUGUUGGCAUGAGUUGGUCAACUAUUGCUGUAAAUAAAAGUAGCUAUAAACAGUGAAAAAUUGGUUGACUAUAAAGGCCUCAAAUAAAGAAAACUUCGCUUUAAAACUUACCAUGAUACAUAUUUUGAACAACAACAAGACACUAAGGACAGUGUUAUGAAGUCUGUAUUGCUAAGAUUAUUAAAUGAAAUACUUGACAACUUUUUCAUUCCUGCUUUUUCAUAGAUGUCAUUUUGAAAUGUUCACAACGUUGCUGGCAUUUGCUGCAUUUCAGGCUAAUUCCUCUCAGAAGUGAAAAAGAUUUUAAAUGUUAUUUAAUAACGACUGCUGCUUUCUCUUCUAUUUAUGCUUAAUUCUGAAUUUCCAAGGUGGUCUUGUUUAGUGUUUGUUCUACCAGGUAAGCUAUCAAAAGGAUAAUUUAACAUUACCAAAUGCAUUUCUAGAAAUUGCUUCUCCUAAGCAGCACCACAGAGGUCUUUGGUUACUUGCUCUGUAGUGACUGCAUCGUGCAUGUGCUCCUUUGAGCAGGAAGCCGUAUUGAUGUAACUGUGUCAGGAUUGAGGAAAAAACUCAGGUUUUUGGCUACUGACAGCAGUAGGGUCCUAGGACAUCUCUGUAAAAGGCAGUGACUUUCCUAUUGGUACCCAUCGGGUAAGCUGAUGCUUUCAGAUCAAUCAAUUUAUAUAAUUUACUAAAACUGUUCAGCUUUGGUUUCACAAUCAUCUAUGGAGCGCAUACUAUCUGUGAAGGAAUUUCCUAGCCACCAAGGAUCUAAAAAUACUUAAAACUAGAUCUUUGCCUUUAAAGAAAAUGUCCUAAUUGAAACGGUCCUUGUCAAAAAAAUGUUAAUUAACAGACUUAUUUUGAGAAUCAGUUCAAUUUAUUUUCUUCUUAUCUGGUUCAGAAACAGAUUUGUUUCAACUCUGAGGGUAGUUUCUCAGUAACUUUCCUGAUCGGUUGCCAGUGAAUAACAGCCAAACAAAAAAGGGGGGCAAAUAUCACCUAAAGUCAAAAUUGGCAAUUAGUUUAGAAAUAGGCAUUUCAGCCUGGACCCAACCUAUGACUAUCAAAGUUUUGAGCAAAAUUUUUGUUCCGCUUCCCUAAAAAUCAACUCAUUUAUUACUCACUGAAAUUGGAUUCUCCUAAAUAAAAAAGCAGUAAUAUAAUAUUUUGUAGAAAAGUUUGCUAAAGAGAUCAACAACAUUGAAUUCACCUUGAUAUUAUAUAAUUGUGCAUUAUUAUUGGAAUAGAUGUUAGGUAUGUGACUAUAAUACUGAAGCAUUUCUAUUGAAUGAGAAAUAGUUUUUUGCUCUAAGCUGUUUGAAAAAAAUUAUAGAUUUGAAGACUAAAGAAUAUGAGAGGUGCUAUUGUGUGGUUGGAAAUGCAUUGGGGCUAUCCUGAUUAUGUCCUUAUACAUACACUGAAAGGUGUUUUUUUCAAAGCUAGAAUUUAUAUUAAGCCUCCAGUAUCGAGGCUACAUUUGAACUGAACUACUUCAAUGAUUAUACCAUACUAACUCGUCAAAAUACAAAUGUUAAAAAGUCUCACUCUAAUGUAUUUUGCCUUAGUUUAUAACUCUGCUCAUCUCAUUGUAUACUAGAGAAAAGAUUACAGAUUCUACCCCUAUAUACUCAAUCUUGAUCAGAAUCAACAUAAAUACUGCCUGACAGAUGUCUUUUGACUAAAUAUAUUACAAAUGUGUAUGUUUUUUCUCUCCAUAAGUAUCUAUUCAAGUGUAUAUAGACAAACAUAUAUCUGUAUACAUGUACAGACCUGUUCCCAUGCACUUUAUUUAAUGUUUAUAUAUUUAUACGGAGAAAAAGCAAGAGUCAUUAAUGAAGACACUCAGUAUAUACACAUGUGUGCAUGUUUGUAUCAUGUCAAUUUAAAUGUGAAUUCAUGUUCUAAUCUUUCUAUGACCUUCCAUUGCUGUCAAAGCAGAUUAAAAUGUAACAGAAUUAUCGGCUCUUUAAAUAAACUGGAAGUUGACCUAAUUUUGGGGAAGACACAAUUCUAUGAGGGUGGGGAAAACCAUGAUCGAUCUUAAAUAAAAUGGUACCUUUGGGCCUUGUGUUUAGUCUGGGGACUUUCUAACUACAGAGGCUUUUUAAAUACACCCCCUACUCCAGUGAAACAGUCUUUGAAUGAUAUAUGGAGCUAUGAUUAAAGGACUCACUCCUAGUUAAUCCUAUUAAAAUAGGGUAAAUAACCUUACUCUACUUUAAGUUGAAUGGUAGAUUCUUGUAUACUUAAAGAAAGGAAUUUAAUGUCAUAAUUAGGGAAAACUCUGUUUAAACAUGCUUAAUCUCCUUGGCCACAGCGCCAUCUCGUGGUCAUUUUUUAAAGUGCUACUGCGGCCAAAUUGAACUAAGUUCCUGUACCGCUUUUGGCAAAGGAUGCUUCUUCCAUUUGUGCAUCAAUGAAACAUAUUUAUAAAGUGUAAAAUUAUUCUGUGCCAUGUGUAACAAAUAUAGUGAGGAUUAUUUUAUGUAAUGAUUUUAAUCAAGGCGAUUGUAAAAGAUUUCAAGAAAGAAUGAAUAAUUGUAAAUAAAGUAUACUCAAAAAUGAAUGCAAUUUUGUGAAGCCAUAGCUGUGCCUACUAAAGGCAG